CUCUCUCUCUCUCACCAUGGCUCAUCUCUUUGCAACAACCAUUAUCACAGUAAUAUUCCUUAUUUCAGCCACCAACUUCUUCUUCUCCCCAACCCUUCUCUCAGCCACCCUCCCACUACUUCCCCUCAUUGUCUUCUACUUCGGCCGCCGCCGCAGCUCCGCCAACCUCCCGCCAGGCCCUUUCUCCAUUCCAAUAUUCGGAAACUGGCUGCAAGUUGGCAAUGACUUAAACCACGGCGUUUUAGCCACCAUGGCUCAAACCUACGGCCCCCUGUUCCUCCUCAAACUCGGCUCCAAAAACUUAGCCGUCGUGUCGAACCCCGAGCUCGCCACCCAAGUCCUCCACACGCAGGGUGUCGAGUUCGGGUCGCGCCCGCGAAACGUGGUCUUCGAUAUAUUUACCGGCAAUGGGCAGGACAUGGUGUUCACCGUGUACAGCGAUCAUUGGCGGAAGAUGCGCCGCAUCAUGACUCUGCCGUUUUUCACCAACAAAGUUGUGCACAGCUACAGUGACAUGUGGGAGGAGGAGAUGGAUCUUGUUGUUGAUGAUCUGAAGAAAGAUGAGAUGGUGAAGACGAAGGGGUUGGUGAUCAGGAAGCGGCUGCAAUUGAUGCUCUACAAUAUCAUGUAUCGGAUGAUGUUUGAUGCAAAGUUUGAGUCGCAGGAGGACCCUUUGUUCAUCGAUGCGACUCGGUUUAAUGCUGAGAGGAGUCGGUUGGCUCAGAGCUUUGAGUAUAAUUAUGGAGAUUUCAUUCCUCUGCUUCGACCCUUUUUGAGAGGCUACUUGAACAAAUGCAGAGAUUUGCAGAGUAGACGGCUGGCUUUUUUCAAUAACUUCUUCGUUGAG